CUCAGUAUCCAUCAUCUAUCAUCUCCUUUUUUGGGUUCUUUUGGCUAUGAAGAUCACAGUGGUGGUGGGCAACUCGGCGCCACAGGGAGACGAUUUUAGACCUGUUCAAGGAAAUAGUUGGUAGAUCACCUAUUCUUACGAAACUGACGAUACUGACCACAGAUUCGAUGAUCCUAGACUGACAGCUUUGGUCGCUGAAAGUGCAAUUGGGCCCAGAAGAAUAUCACAAUGGCCAAAAUAUAUACAGUGAGCGAUGACGGCUCCGACAUCCCCGAUCGCCCCUCCCGUGUUUCGGCCUUGUUAUGUUGCAACACCCCACCCCACCUUACCCCUCAUGCCAUGUUCCACGACAUCACGGACAUUUUCUUGUUCUUCCACCCGCCACGAUCUCUUCUCUAACUCCAAUUACAACUAGAGACCUCCCUCUGAGAUCAAUUGUGAAUAUCCCGUCUCUUCAGUGACGACCUUUGACAAUGGCCGUCGGAACUGUUCUCAUCACUGGUGGCACUGGCUACAUCGGAUCCUUCACGUCCCUCGCACUUCUUGAGCACGGCUACAAUGUGAUUAUUGUCGACAGCUUGUACAAUUCGUCCAAGGUCAGCCUGGACCGCAUCGAGCUGCUAUGUGGCAAGCGGCCUAUCUUCUACCAGGUCGAUGUCACCGAUGAGCCAGCACUCGAGAAGGUCUUUGAGGCGCAUCCCGAUAUUGACAGUGUCAUCCACUUCGCCGCCUUGAAGGCCGUCGGCGAGUCCUCCGAGAAGCCGCUCGAAUAUUACCGCGUGAACGUCAAUGGCACCAUCAUUCUCCUGCGCUGUAUGGCUAAAUACUCCGUCCCGAACAUCGUCUUCUCCUCCUCCGCCACCGUCUACGGCGACGCCACAAAAUGGGAGAACAUGAUCCCCAUACCUGAGAACUGCCCCAUCGGCCCCACCAACCCAUACGGCCGCACCAAGUCCAUGAUCGAGAGUGUUAUCACAGACCACGUAGAUGCGCAGCGCAACAACGCUAAGAAGGCUGGACAGCCAUAUGAGCAGUACAACGCCGCGCUUCUGCGCUAUUUCAACCCAGGUGGUGCCCACCCCAGCGGCCUCAUGGGAGAGGACCCGCUUGGUGACCCAUUUAACUUGCUUCCUAUCCUUGGCCAAGUCGCAACUGGCCAGCGCGAGAAGCUCCUAGUUUUCGGCAAGGACUACGACUCCCGCGACGGUACUUGCAUCCGCGACUACAUCCACGUCGUCGAUCUCGCCAACGGCCAUCUCGCAGCCCUCAACCACCUCCGCACCACCAAGCCUGGCGUGCGCUCUUGGAACCUCGGCUCUGGCCGCGGCUCCACCGUCUUCGAGAUGAUCAAGGCCUUCAGCACCGUCGUGGGCCGCGACCUGAACUAUGAAGUCGUAGACCGCCGCGCCGGCGACGUGCUUGAUCUCACGGCUGAUCCGAGACGCGCGAAUGCGGAGCUGGGGUGGAAGACGGAGUUGACGCUGGAGAAUGCGUGUGAGCAUUUGUGGAAGUGGGUGUCGAAUAACCCGAGGGGUUAUAGGCAGUCGCCGCCGGCGGAUCUGUUGGAGGCUGUGAAGGCCGAGAAGGCUGAGAAGAAGGAGUAGAUUGGUUGUAGAUAUUCUUGGAUAUAAGUAAGAAAAAGGGCGUAAUAGACUACCAAGGGGAGGUGGUUUGAAGGUAGAUUAGAAUUCUGAUAUCAUGCUAUCUAGUAAAUAUGAAGCUAGAAACAGUCUCACGAUACAAUCGGCUCUACCAAAUAAUAGCUAUUCGCCGAUGUGAGAUGGAAUUGGGGUUAGGUGCGCAGGAGAGCGACCUUCAGUCACUAUGAGCACG